AUGGAACAGCAGCGUCCCCAAUCUCAACAGUUACUGCCAUUCUCAGUCCAGAGCUUCUCUCAGAUUACCAACAGCCUGUUCAUCAGUAAUGCAGCAGCAGCUAACGAUAAGUCCCUACUGUCCCGUCUGAAUAUCACAUCAGUUAUCAACGCAACAGUAGAAAUCGUGAAUACGUUCUAUGAAAAUGUCCAGUAUCUGCAGGUGCCUGUGAACGACACACCCAGUUCCGUCCUUUAUGAUUUCUUUGAUCCUGUCGCUGACCAUAUCCGGGGGAUUGAAGCCAAGGAAGGCCGAACUCUGCUGCACUGUGCUGCCGGGGUUAGCCGCUCAGCAGCACUCUGCCUCGCUUACCUCAUGAAAUACCGCUCCAUGUCGCUAAUACACGCCCACAGCUGGACCAAGCUUCGCCGUCCCAUCAUCCGGCCCAACAAUGGUUUCUGGGGACAGCUUAUCCUCUAUGAGUACAAACUGUUUAACAAAAACACCGUGCACAUGAUCGAUUCAGCGAUGGGUAUGAUCCCCGACAUCUACAAAGAGGAAACCUGAUUGAUGGUGUAG